AGGAGACACUCCGAGUACGAUAGGCGGCUACCACCACACGGCCUGCGUCUAAAGUUCCCAGAGGGAGGGGGAACGGGCCCAACCGAGCUCAGGGGACUUUUUUUUUAAUUUAAAAAAAAAAUUCGUUUCCCAACAUUCUGGGAGGACUGUUAUUCAGCUAAGGUGCCAAAGGGGACUCGCGGAGCUCCGUGUGAAAAUCUACAGAAAAUGGCGGAGCCAGACAAAUUAAACAUCGACUCGAUCAUUCAGCGUCUUUUGGAAGUGAAAGGCUCUCGGCCCGGUAAGAACGUGCAGCUGACAGAGAGCGAGAUCCGCGGCCUGUGCCUGAAAUCUCGGGAGAUCUUCUUGAGUCAGCCCAUCCUUCUCGAGCUGGAGGCCCCCCUCAAAAUCUGCGGCGAUGUCCAUGGCCAGUACUACGACCUCCUGCGGUUGUUUGAGUAUGGCGGCUUCCCUCCGGAGAGCAAUUACCUGUUCCUGGGUGACUAUGUGGACCGAGGUAAACAAUCCCUGGAGACCAUCUGUCUGCUGCUCGCCUAUAAGAUCAAGUACCCAGAAAACUUCUUCCUGCUGCGCGGCAACCAUGAGUGCGCCUCGAUCAACCGAAUCUACGGCUUCUAUGACGAAUGCAAGCGACGGUAUAACAUCAAACUGUGGAAGACCUUCACAGACUGCUUCAACUGUUUACCAGUAGCUGCUAUUGUAGAUGAGAAGAUUUUCUGCUGUCAUGGAGGUCUCUCACCCGACCUCCAGUCCAUGGAGCAGAUAAGACGAGUCAUGCGGCCAACAGAUGUGCCCGACCAGGGUCUGCUGUGCGACCUACUGUGGGCCGACCCCGACAAGGACGUGCUGGGCUGGGGCGAGAAUGACCGUGGCGUCUCCUUCACGUUCGGCGCUGAUGUAGUGGCCAAGUUUUUACACAAGCACGACAUGGACCUCAUAUGCAGGGCGCAUCAGGUGGUAGAAGAUGGUUACGAGUUCUUUGCCAAGAGGCAGCUGGUCACCCUCUUCUCAGCUCCAAACUACUGUGGAGAGUUUGACAAUGCCGGUGCCAUGAUGAGUGUAGAUGAGACGCUUAUGUGCUCCUUCCAGAUCUUGAAGCCGGCGGAUAAGAAAUUGUAUCCUUAUGGUGGUGGUGCUGGGAUGGGAUCCGGAAGACCAGUCACCCCGCCACGAAAUUCCGCUAAGGCCGCUAAGGCUAAGAAAUAACACCCACCACUGGUUUCUCUCACUCCUCUUUUCCCUCCACCACAAGUCAACCUAAUGCUGUUUUUUUUCCCUCUUUCCUACCUCCCAAAUGUUUUUUCCCCCCAUACACUUUUCACUUUUUUCCGAUCUGUGUACAUGUUGUCACACAGAAUUUUUUCCUCUUUUUUUUUUUCUUUACUCUGGACAAAUAAGCUAUAUCCAUUUUUAAAGUUCACUGCAUUUUCUAUGCUGUCUUUCAAGAUGACUUGCUGGUUAGUGUCUGUGGUGGGGGAGGCUUAUAUAAUGCCCGCUGGAUGGGUGGGUGCACAGACCGUUCAAAAAGGAGAGAUUUAAGAUGUGAAAUACUUUUUAAUUUUGUAAAUAUUGAAGCAACAUGUCCUUUUUUUAAGAAUAAAAUAAAAAAUAAGCAUGAAAGAAGGGGUUUCCACCUCACCCCUUCAAAGAAGAGGAGGAUGCAUCAUGCUGCCAAUACCAAAUAGUACUUGUGAACAUGGCACUUAUCUUGAUGCUAAAUGAGGUGAGGUGGUGGUGGUGGUGGGUGGAAUUAUCUUGAAGCGUCUCUGUGGUUUCGGAUACUGGUCAAGAACAUGGCCAUGUGGUCUGUUAAAGACUCAAUAAAGCAGUCAAAAAUCAGAACGGUGAUGUUAAACUGCUACCCCGCUUAAUGGCGUUUUAGGCUGCAUUCAAACUUUGGGUUUGCUUACUCUGGUGCGCUUCUUCUUCUGUGACUGUGGUUCAUUGGGUCCAGUAUGAAUGCUCUCAUUGUGCACACAAAAAAAAAAAAAAAAUCAUGGCGAGGUUCAGUUUAGUGUGAACAUGACACUGCAUUAAAAUUGACCUUGAGAGAAAUCACAAA